AUAUAUAAGCUGAUAAACCUUUUCCAUAGUUAUAAAUCUUUUCUUAUCAACAGGUAAUAUGAAGAUUGUUUCAGCGUUACUUUUAGUCGCUUUCGUGGCUCUAACCUGGAGCUACGGGGAAGCCAGGGAAUGUCUCGACUGUUCUUUUAUUACUACUCGUUAUAUUUGUGGUCGCAAUACAAAAACCGACAAUCUACUUACUUUCAAAAAUAAUUGUGACUUGGACAGAUACAACUGUUUAACUAGAAACGACUACAUAUUUGACAGAGAUGGCCGUUGUCCUGGUAGGAGCGAUGCCGAAUCCCCGAACUCUAAUGAUAGCGAAUCUUCUCCGAUAGCCAGUGGUGAUGGUCACUAAUAGAUCAGACGAUUUUGAAAACAAAUUUGGCUGAAAUUUAAUACAUAUGUUCUACAUGCAUUGAAUAAAAAUAUGUAUUGGUUAAUAUAAAUGAUUAAAUUCACGUAAAAUAGU